AUGUCAUGCAAGUUGAUGCUUCUUAUUAUUUUGGGAGUUGUAGUGCAAACUUCCUCUGCAAGGAAGCUUCUUGACAAUCCAAUAUUACCCAAUUUACUCAACUUCAACGGUGGAUUUGACCAAAUUUUAGGAGAUCUUGGCGGCGGCGGUGGAGGAGGCGGCGGCGGUGGAGGUAGUAAUGGUGGAUUUGGUGCUGGCUUCGGAUUUGGUGAGGGUCAUGGAUCGGGUGCAAAUGAUGGAUUUGGCCAAAUUGUAGGAGGUCUUGUUGGUGGUGGCGGCGGCGGUGGUGGCGGCGGUGGAGGUAGUAAUGGAGGAUUUGGUAGUGGCAUUGGAUAUGGCGAGGGUCAUGGAUCAGGUGCAAAUGGUGGUGGUGGCGGUGGUGGAGGUGGCGGAGGCGGCGGUGGUGGUGAAAAUGGUAGUAGUGGUUUUGGGUCCGGAGGAGGAUGGGGCCAAGGUGGUGGUAGCAAUUGA